GUGGCAAUCCGGAAGAGGGGACAACUCAAAAGGCCCAGCCCAGCCCAGCCCAGCCUUGGCUCAACGUAUCGCCCUCCAUCGCGUGCAUGUCAAUGGGCGCCACACCAAGCUAUUGACUGCCUCAAUAAGUCGUCAAAGCUUCAAGGGUUAACAGAGCCCUUCGAAAGCUAAACUGGACAAUCUACCUAGUCUAGUGUCCUGUUCAAGAUGCCUAUGCUGACGCCCCGCUGAUCUUGUCCCUACCAUCGCGAAACGCAUCCCAUCAAAUCCGAUCCGCAGCAGCAAGCGUCGCAUCCCCAAAGAUGCCGCCUGUCGCAGACGUCGAUACCGCGAAGCCUCGCGCGUCGCACGAGUCCCUGUCCUCCGUAUCGACCACCAGUCUCGUCUUCGAACGGAUACACGAACGCAACGAGAAGCAGUCGCACCCCGAGAAGGAUGAGAAUGGCGACAGCCGUGACGCUGGCUACGAUGACCUCGACGAUCAAGAUCCGCUGAGAGAGCCGGCCGAGGACCUCGAAACAGGCCCCUUUCUGGGAGACGACGGCAAUGGUGCGCCUCAGCAGCAGGGGGCCCGGCGCCAGCCCAUGGACAAGAAGAUGCGACGCAUCCUCAUCGCGGCUUUUGUCGUCUUCUGUCUAGGCUGGUUCGUCUCUCUAGCUGUCUUUGUCGCGACAGGGUCCUACAAACACUUGAGCGACGUGGACCACGACCCCGAUGCGAGUUCCCGUGGGUCGGGCAAGUCGGUGACUUUGGAUCAGGUGCUGGGGGGCUUCUGGAACGCGAGACAGCACAGCAUCAGCUGGAUCGCCAACCCCGAGGGCCAGGACGGUCUAUACGUGGAGCAGGGCACUGCAGGCAAGGACUUUCUUGUCGUUGAGCAUGUGCGCUCGGAAGACGAGGACAAGGACAAGCGCGGGAAGGAUGUUCCUGCGUCUCGGACACUCAUGAAAGAGACGUCUUUCCAGUUCGGCGACGAGACAUUCCGUCCUGCCUGGACCAAGCCUAGUCCCGACUUGAAAAGAGUCCUUCUGGGCGUGAACAAGGAGAAGAAUUGGCGCCACUCGUUCAUGGCGACGUACUUUAUCCUUGAUGUCGCGUCGCAGAAAGUCGAACCCCUGGUGCCCCUCGACGCCCAGGCGCGGGUUCAGCUCGCCCAGUGGAACCCACAGAGCGAUGCCAUCGCCUUCACCCGCGAUGACAACAAUCUGUACAUCCGUCAUCUCCAGGAUGGCAAGAAGGAGAAUAAGGUCACACAGGUCACCCACAACGGUGGUGCGGAAUACUUCAACGGUGUGCCGGACUGGGUAUACGAGGAGGAGGUGCUGCAUGAGCGCAUCGCCACCUGGUGGUCUGCCGACGGAAGCCACCUCGCUUUCCUCCAGACCAACGAGACGGGCGUCCCCGAGUAUCCCGUGCAAUACUUCCUGUCGCGGCCCAGUGGCACUGAGCCCCCGGAAGGCGAGGAGCGCUAUCCCGAGGUUCGCCAGAUCAAGUACCCCAAGGCUGGCGCGCACAACCCCGUUGUCCAAGUACGCUAUUACAAUGUCGACAAGGACGAGGUCUUCAGCGUCGACGCUGACAAGCAAUUCCCCGACGAUGACCGCGUCGUCAACCACCUGGUCUGGGCCGGGGACGACAAGGCCAUCAUCAAGCAGACGAAUCGCAUCAGCGACAAUUUAAAGGUCGUCCUGGUGGAUGUUGGGGAACGAAAAGCGCACAUUGUCCGCGAGCGAGAUGUUGGCAAAGAGGAUGGCGGCUGGUUCGAGCUAUCGCAUCAUCUCGCGUACGUGCCCGCCGAUAGCACGAACGGGCGUGAGCACGAUGGCUACGUGGACUCUGUCAUCCACGACGGAUACGAUCACAUUGCGUACUUCACACCCCUCGACAACCCUGACCCCAUCAUGCUCACAUCUGGCGAAUGGGAGGUGGAAGACGCGCCAUCUUCCGUCGACCUUGUGAACAACCUCGUCUACUUCAAGGCCGCCAAGGAGUCCUCCAUACAGCGACACGUAUACUCCGUCUCCCUGCUCGAUGGUUCCAACCUCGAAUGUCUCACUGACCCCAAGACUGAGGCCUACUACGACGCAUAUUUCUCCACAGAGUCGGGCUACACACUGUUGACGUACCACGGUCCGAAAACGCCCUACCAAAAGAUCAUCACCACCCCGUCAUUGCCAAAAGACCAGGGACCCUAUGAGCGCACAAUCGAGGAGAACAAGAAUCUCGCCGACCAGGCCCGCCGCCACGCCCUCCCAGUCCUCUCCUACGGCACGCUGGAUUUGCCCCACGGCGUCAGCGUCAACUAUCUCGAACGUCGCCCUCCGCACUUCAACCCUUCCAAAUCCUACCCUAUCCUCUUCCAGCAGUACUCCGGCCCCGGGUCGCAGCAGGUGACCAAAAAGUUCAGCGUCGACUUUCAAUCCUACGUCGCCUCCUCACUCGGCUACAUUGUCGUCACCGUCGACCCUCGCGGCACCGGCUUCAAGGGCCGUGACCACCGCGUCGGGGUCCGUGGCCAGCUCGGCGUGCUGGAAGCCGAGGACCACAUCGCCGCCGCCCAACACUUCGCCUCGCUCCCCCACGUCGACGAGACCCGUCUGGCCAUCUGGGGCUGGUCCUACGGCGGCUUCACCACCCUCAAGACCCUCGAGCAGGACGCCGGGCAGACGUACUCGUACGGCGUCGCCGUCGCUCCCGUCACGGACUGGCGGUUCUACGACAGCGUGUAUGCGGAGCGAUACAUGCGCCUCCCCAAGGACAACGAGGACGGCUACGAAGAGUCCAGUGUCCACAACGCCACCGCUCUGGGGGAAAAUAUCCGCUUCCUCUUGAUGCACGGCGUCGCGGACGACAAUGUCCAUUUCCAGAACAGUCUGACCCUCCUCGACGACCUCGAUCUCGCAGGCGUAGAAAAUUACGACGUGCAUGUCUUCCCUGAUAGUGAUCAUGGCAUUUACUUUCACCAGGCCAACAGGAUUGUAUUCGAUAAAAUUACAAACUGGCUCAUCAACGCAUUCAACGGUGAAUGGUUGACCAUCAAGAAUCCCAAACCCAUUGAUACAUAAACCAGCAUACAUCAUCUACAACCCGCGACAUUUCUUGAGAAAAGAAGGGAGUUUGGCGUUCUGAUCUCUUGCUGUAACGUAGUAGCACCCAGUGGGCCUCUUUGAAUACGAACCGAUGUACUACCUUAUAAUGCGGGAGAUAUUGUCAAGCAUACCACAUCUGUUAUUGAGCAUACCCAGCGGGGCCAAGUUUGGCGCGAGAUAUAGCAGCCCUUGUUUAGCCGUAAAUCCACUGCCUCUCGUAGCUUGAAAUUUUGACGCUAUCGUUAACGAAUACUAGACAGUAUUGAAUUCACCUACGGGGUAGGGAGCCUCUACGCUAUAGCGUCUGCCACACUUAACUCAACCGGUUAUGCUCAAUAACAGACGUGGUAUGCUUGAUAAUACCUCCCUAUAAUACACAUACAUACAAGAUAACGAUUGACCGCCCUCGCGCACGCGCUUCCACCUCCCAUUCGAGACUGUACCCGUCUCAAAGGUCUCGUCUUCCGCA